AUGGUGCUCCUGGCCGUGCACACAGCCCGCGUGCUCGCCUGCUGGGGUCGGGGAAUACACGUACACAGCAGCACCAAGCCACUACACACAGCUGGUGCACUUACCACCUACACCUGCUCGGUGCAAACAGCUGGUGUACGUGGCCAGUGCACUCAGCCUGGUGCUCACAACCAUCCUGCUUACCUGGCAGGAGAUAUUUUAAACCUGCACGUCUAUUACCCCUGGGAGUUCCUUUCCAGCUCUCCUUGCAGAACAGUUGUUUUCCCAUUAAUGACCUCUGGAGUUACCUACUGGGUGAUCAAGUGUUUGCAGCAGCUGGACGUAUGGUCAGGUUGCAUCAACAGCUACACCCUUCUUGUAUCACCUCGCCUUCUCUUCACAGUCUUUUCUUUCAUACUUGACUAUAGUGUGUAUCGAUUAGCUCCUUUCUGGGAAGCAGAUCCAUGGAAAGCGCUGGUACUUCUUGCUGGAUCACAUGUCACACUGGUGUUUUAUACGAGGACUUUUGCCAAUACGCUGGAAGGACUUUUGUUUGCUCUUCUGAUGGUUUUGGUUUCCUCAAGAAGGUCUGGUGGCAGCUCAGCAGAGCCUACAAGUAACCAUCUUAUAGGAAUUGUAACUGUUGCUGGGUUUUUCAACAGGCCAACUUUUCUAGCAUUUGCUCUAAUGCCGCUACUUUAUUGGGUAGGUUUAAAUAUUGGCUCUCAAAAGAGCAUCAAAGCUGGCAUAAACCACUUUCUGAAGCUAGUCCCAUGUGCUUGCUUUACUGCUGCUUUUUUCGUAAUGGCCGACACUUGGUAUUUUACCUCCAUGAGAUUAGACAACAUCUACAGCUUUGAAAAUAACAGUCUAUUUGAUAUAAUAGCUCAGUUAAAUCAGAAAAUAAUAGUGACCCCUCUAAAUUUUCUGCACUAUAAUCUUAAUCCUCAUAAUCUCGCACAACAUGGAAGUCACCCACGAGUUACACAUUUUAUGGUCAAUGGGAUAAUGCUCUUUGGGAUCCUACAUAUUCUGGCCAUUGGUGCUGGUUUUAAGAUGAUAAAGAAAUAUGUCUAUAUAUUACCACAGGUCAGGUCAUAUUACCAUGGGUCGUCUAGGAUAUUAGUGCAUUCUGAUGGCAACUCAGUGUUGUUGUUGUUUUACUUUUUUCCUUUGGCAUUCCUCUCCCUCUUCAGUCACCAGGAACCUCGAUUUCUGCUUCCUCUUAUCUUACCAUUAGUCCUGUUCGGUGCCUCACAGAGCAGAGCUGUGAGGUGGAAAGCUGUCAUUAUUGUUUUCAAUGUUCUUGGGGCUCUGCUGUUUGGAUGCUUACACCAGGGAGGCCUCAUCCCAUGCCUGUUUCACCUGGAGCAGCUCAUGCAUUCUCCGGAGUCCUCAAACCAUCCAGGACGCUAUAUUCUCCUCUUUGCUCACACCUACAUGCCUCCAAGGUCUCUGCUCAAUAUCAAGAAGGGAGAUACAAAUAUAGAAAUAAUUGAUCUGGCUGGGUCUGAAGAAGAAAAACUCUGCCAAACAGUACGGCAGCGAGCAAACAAUUUUACCUGCAGUGAUUGCCAUUUUUUUAUUAUAAUUCCUGGUACAGUCAGAUCCACAAUUACAAAAUGCGGUGUCUCGUUCAAGAAUGAGACUUUAAUAUUUCCACACUUAUCAAUGGAAGAUCCACCCCAAUUAUCCUUUCUACUUAGUGAAAAUUGGAGAAGUCAGUUAGGACUAUACAUCCUGCAACUAGACAGAGCUCAACAGAAUCUUUAG